AUGAGUGAAAAGUUGCAAGGGAGUCUGGUUUCUAUCAGUGCACAGCCGGUGAGAAUUCCAGCCAUGCUGGAAGAACUGGAGAUGUCUCUGAAUGUGGGGCACAAAGCACCAGUGCAGUGCAUAGAGAUGCACUUCAUUGUCUGGGUUGAGGAGGCCUUCUAUCUCGAAGUUCAUGAAGAUAGUGUAGAACAGAUCAAGAACUGCUCCAUAGAUGUCUCUCCAGAGCCGUUCAAUUAUUUUCCCAUCAAGGAGGGCGAUGUGCUUCAGUCUGGCUAUAGGGUGAUGGAGUUCAUUGGCGAGGGUGGUUUUGGAAAGGUGGCCUGGUGCAAACACAAACUAACCCAAGAAAAUGUGGCCAUCAAGAUUACAAAGAACAAGGCUGCAGUAAUGAAGGAGGCAAAGAAAGAGAUUGCCAGUCUUAAGCUACUGCAGCAACUGGAUACAGAGGAGGCCAACAUCGUGAGGUGGUACGGUUGCUUCAUCCAUGUAGACCUCCUUUGCAUGAAGUUUGAGCUCCUGCACCAAAGUCUUCUCGACUAUAUGGACGAGCAGAAUUUUGAGCCUCUUGUGGUCAGCGAUCUUCAUGCUGUUGUGCAGCAGAUGGCCAAGGCAUUGCUCCACCUGGAGAGCCUGGGUAUGAUCCACUGUGAUGUGAAGCCACAGAACAUCAUGGUGGUCGACCCCGAGCAGUGGCCAUUGAGGGUGAAGCUCAUCGACUUUGGGCUCACUCACCAUAUUUCAGAGCCUCCAUCAUUUAUUGGGACCCUGUGGUACAAAGCUCCAGAGGUCUUGUUAGGUUUAGCCUACACAGAGGCAAUCGACAUGUGGUCACUGGGUGUGACCAUGGCCCAGCUGGCUGUGGGAGUACCCUUGUAUCCAGGAGAUCAUCUGUAUGAUGUGAUGAAAUACAUAGUUGAAACACAGGGCCCACCCCCAGACUGUCUGCUUCAGUUGGGACCAACCACUGACCGCUAUUUUAACAGGAGACAGAUAGACGGCCAUGACACCUGGACAUUGAAGACUCCUGAACUGAUUAAAAAACAGUAUGGGCAGGAGUUCCAGGAAUCCAGACAAGUGAUUUUAAGCUGUCUGGAUGACAUCAUGGAGAUGAUGGACAUAAGUACGUCAUGGAAGGAGGCUUCUGACUUUGUGGACCUUGUCAAACACAUGAUGUGCCUCCACAUGGAUGAGCGAAUCAGACCUGCUGAUGUACUGAAUCAUCCUUUCCUGGUGGAGUACAAACCUCAGGGCGUGGCAGAUGACCUUCCAGUCUUAGCUGAGGAAAAUUCUGACAUCACUACAAGCCAGGAAGAUGCUGAAACAGCAGCCAUCCUUCCUGUCGUUGCUGAGGAAAAGUCCGAGUUGGCUGAGGACCUCAUCACCACGAGCCAGGAAGAUGUUGAAACAGCAGCCGUCCUUCCUGUCGUUGCUGAGGAAAACUCGGACUUGGCUGAGGACCUCAUCUCCAUGAACCAGGAAGAUGUUGAAACAGCAGCCGUCCCUCCAGAGGUGCCAACAGAGACCAGAAGAACCUGGAAGAACCAUCUGACACAGUUUUUCCAGAGGCUCCUCUGCCUCUGUUGA